GGCAGUUCCUACGUCAUGUGGAGCUUUCCAAAACAAAGCUCUAUUAAUGACACAAGCAGCACUCGGAACAGACAUUGAACUUGAUAAAGAUAGGUAAAAUGACCAAAAUGCUGAAUUUGAGGGAGCUGAGCAAGGGAAUCGCAAAAAGUUUGCUGUUGGUGCUGAAUGGGAUAUCUAUCUUCCUAGCGCUAUGCAUCUUCGGCUUCGCCAUCGUAGACAUCCGUCUCCUCAAGCAGUACGGUGAAGACCAGGCAGCAGGGACAUCAGCGGGCGACGUGGUCAUCAUGUCGGCCAGUGUGAUGCUGAUUGCCGUGGCUUUGGUCGGCUGCUACGGAGUAGUUAAGGAGAACUUGAAGGCUUUGUAUAUGUACCUCGGCCUCCUCAUGAUCAUAGUGCUGCUGGAGAUGCUGAUCUCCAUCUUCGUAGCGCUGCAGAGGUACGGGCUGCAGUUUAGGAUCACGGAGUGGAUGCGGGAAGACUUCUUCCGAAACGUCACCGAGGGCAGCCAGGUGUACCACGAGACGCUGUGGGAUGAGCUGCAGACUAACUACAAAUGCUGUGGCCUGAACGGCCCCGAAGACUACCUAGCCAUCAAGAAGCCGGUGAGCGUGUCGUGCUGCGCGCGCGCCUUCCGCGCUAGGACGCCGUUCGCGCAGCAAGAGCUGUACCGGGUGUGCAUGGCAACGGGUGACUAUUACAAGCAGGGCUGCGAAGACGAGAUCCUGGACAUCCUCCGCUCUGACGCUGACUGGCUGCUCGGGGCUGCAGUAUUCAGCUUCUGGGUUGAGGGUGCAGGAAUGCUGCUAACGUCUUGGCUGGUGAAUAACAUCAAAAACUCCGUGCACAUCUACAAGGAAACCGUCCGAUACUGAGGCAUUGGGCGCAUAGCAU